AUGGCCACGUCCGCUUUGGAAGACAUAAGAAUUGAAGACAUUCCCGUCGAUGACGUCGACUUCUCUGAUUUAGAGAAAAAGUACGAGGUUGAAUCACCAGUCAACUUCGACAAUUUUGUUGUUGUUGAUGGUGCCCCGGUAGCUCCAGAAUCUAAAGUCCCAGUGCUUACAAAAGUUCUGACCAAGUUAUUUUCGCAAGCUGGCUCGGUGGUGGACAUUAAUUUGCCUUUGGAUGAAGAAAAGAAGACCACUAAGGGCUAUCUGUUCGUUGAGUUUGAUUCACCAGCUUCAGCUAGAAAGGCAAUCAAGCUGUUGAACGGCAAGAAGCUGGAUGUUAAGCAUAGACUUUUUGUUAACAGCUUGACCGACGUCGAGAAGUUUGGAACAGAGGAUUUUGACACUGAGUUCCAUGAACCAAAAUUGCCAGAGUUCCAAAAGACAGAUUAUUUGCAAUCGUGGUUGCAGGAUGAACAAGGAAGAGACCAGUUUGUGCUACAGAAGGGCGAAUUAACUGGUGUUUUCUGGAACAGAAACACUCAGCAACCCGAAAAUGCCGUGGAGCCUAGAACAAACUGGUCUAACACCACAGUCAAAUUCUCUCCAAAGGGUACUUACUUGUUCUCUUUCCACAACCAAGGUGUCGCCUCGUGGGGUGGUAGGAAUUUUGAGCGUUUAAGGAGAUUUUUCCAUCCUCAGGCUAAAGCUUUGGCUAUUUCUCCAACCGAAAAGUACCUUGUGACUUUGUCACCAGAGCCCAUUGUUGUUCCAGAAGACGCUCCCGAAGACUUCCCAUUCGGCCCUGAGUCAAACGGCCAUCAGCUAUGUGUUUGGGAUAUUGCUACUGGUCUUUCUGUCAAGACUUUCGCACUCCCUCCAAACCAGAGAUUGCACUGGCCUAUGAUAAAAUGGUCCUUUGACGAUAAGUACUGUGCACGUCUAGGGCCAAACGCUCUUGCCGUUUAUGAUGCCGAAAACAACUUCGAGCUACUGGGCGGGAGAAUUAUGAAGAUUGAAGGUAUCCAAGACUUCUCGUUCGCCCCCGCAGGCGCCAAGCUCGCCGUCAACAGAAAUGGCGAGCUCUCUUCCGUCUUGGCUUUCUGGACUCCGGAAUCGAAUAACCAGUCUUGUAAGGCUACCGUUAUGGAGAUCCCCACUAGAAGAGUUUUGAGGACUGUCAACUUGGUCCAGGUCUCCGACGUGACUUUGCACUGGCAAAACCAAGCCGAAUACUUGUGUGUAAAGGUGGACCGUCAUACCAAGUCUAAAAAGACUUUCUUUUCCAACUUGGAAAUCUGCAAGCUUACUGAGAAGGACGUCCCCGUCGAGAAGGUUGAAAUGAAGGAUCUUGCCGUCAGAUUUGCUUGGGAACCAAAGGGCCACAGAUUUGUUACAAUCUCCACAACUGAGACCGCUGACGACAACCCAUCCAUUCCAAAGAACGUUGUUACCUUCUUCGCACCCGAACAAAAAGAGAAAACCAAUGUUGCAGUCAAGGCUGAACCUAAGAAAUGGAAGGCAUUUGCCUCCGUGCCUGGUAAAUUUUCUAACACCAUUUCAUGGUCUCCUGCCGGUAGAUUUGUUGUUGUUGCAACCCUAGUUACUCCAGACACAAGAAAAGCUGACUUCGACUUCUACGACUUCGACUUCACUGGUGAUAAGAAUGACAACGACAGUGAUGAUGUUGCGGCGAACCUAAAGGCCGUCGCCCAUCCUGAAUUUUACAGUGCCACUGAUAUGCAAUGGGACCCAUCAGGGAGAUUUGUUGCUGUCUGGUCCUCUGCCGUGAAACACAAGCUCGAAAACGGUUACAAGGUUUUCAACGUUGCAGGCGAAUGUGUUAGAGAGGAAAUGAUCGAGGCUUUUAAGAACUUUGUUUGGAGACCAAGACCUGAAUCUCUACUGACCAACGGUGAGAAAAAGAAGGUGAGAAAGAACCUGAGAGAAUGGUCUGCCCAGUUCGAGGAGCUGGAUGCCAUGCAAGCGGAUAGUGCUAUGAGAGAAUUGAUCUUGUCUCGCCGUUCGAUGUUGGAAGGCUGGACCCAAUACAGACAAGACAGAGCCGCGCUCAUGGAGGAGGAGUACAACUACAAGGUAUUCGAUCAAGUCGAGCACUCUACCGCCGACGAAGAUUACGAAGUGGUCGAAGAAAUCAAGGAGGAGAUUUUGGAAGAAAAGGAGGAGGAGGUCACUUCCUUCGAAGAGCCUACAAGUUCCGAAUAA